AUGCUCAAGACAAUCAGAAUGCAUAUCCCUACUACCCUUUGGGGUUUAGCCACACUUUUAGUUGUUUCUCUGGCAUCAGCUGAAGCCUCGACCAACACUCUCGUGAAACCGGCUUUUACCUUUGACCAACUUUGGGAUCUUCAAAAUGCCUUUUGGGAUUCAUUCCUCUAUCCUGCAAACCUCAAACAGACCCAAGGGAAUACAACCACGGUCUUUACACCAGACGUUCAAGGACGAGUCGAUAUCACACGCACAUUCGAUGGCGACGAGCUGAACCGUGAAUAUAUCUACGGUCUUUUCUCGGACCCUGAAAGUGUCAGCCUUGCAGGAAUUCCGAUCGCAUAUCACAUUACUCAGUUCUUGGCAAACGACAAUAUCACAUCCGCCACGACUGUCGUGACUUUCAACUCUACUACCUUUGGCGUGGUGAUUCCUAUAACCAUCGAUACCUGGAUCGAAUUCAGCCCAGAAGGCAAGAUCGCAAGUUAUGACGCGACCUUCCGCUGGUUCGGAUAUCUUUUGGACUUCAUACUGAAAGCAGUGGCAACCAAGACGAACGGUACCUCUGAACAGGCCGUGGCGUAUGUGUCAGACGUACUCGCAAAGCAUGUCUGUGCUUCAUCUGAGAAGUAUUGCAAGGGUGAAAACCAACAAUACGAGAAUAGCGACUCUUGUUACGAGACGUUGACGAAGAAGAAAAGAUUUGGCCAGCCCCAUGAGCUGGGACGCGACACAUUGCUGUGUCGUUCGAUCCAUGAGCACAUGGUCAAGUAUCGCCCUGAGGUACACUGUAUGCACAUCGGUCCAACGGGUGGAGGAUACUGUGUGGAUGAUAUGACCUACCAGGAGACCGUGCUGCAGAAGUACUUCACUCACUCGUGGAUCCCAUAUGGAUAUGGGGAGGACAAGAAUAUUUGGCUGGCAAAUUAA